GAUGGUUUAGUUGACUGUGAAGAAACGAAAUGUAGGCCUAUAACUUGUCCUGGAAAAUUAAUGCCAAGUGGAAAAUGUUGUGCAGUUUGUCCAAGUAAGUAUUAAAGCUGAUGUCACUAAAUGUAGUGACGAAACGGCAUGUUCGAUGAUGUGAAAUUAUGAAAUAGUGUGCAUCUGCCUUGCCCCUUGCCUACUGCAUGGAAGGAAGCGGAAGUGAUUCCCAUAGUGAAAGACGGAGACCACGAAGUAGCGUCAAACAACCGCCCCAUAUCUCUUCUUGCCAUAGCUUCUAAGGUUUGUGAAAAAAUUGUUCUCGAACAAUCCAGUAGCUAUCUUAUAAGCAAAAACCUGCUCUCUCCUCAUCAAAGCGGAAAUAAAAAAACUCCAUUCCACUGGACAUGUAGUAGUACCGACACGAUGCUAGAGGCUAUGGACAAAAAGGAACUCACCGCUCUAGUAUUAUUAGAUCUCUCGAAAGCCUUCGACAGUAUUAACCAUCACAGAUUGUUACACAAACUAGCGAAUGUCGGUGCUUCCCCAGCAACAGUACAGUGGUUUAAAAGCUACUUGUUAGAUCGCUUUCACUCCACCCGAAUCAACUCCACCCUAUCUGAUCCAGUGGAUCCACUACCAAUCACUCACGGAGUACCCCAAGGUGCGACGCUUUCAUCAUUAUUAUUUUGUAUUUACUUGAACGAUCUACCCUCCGUAUCUCGUGACUCCAACCUUGAAGCGUACGUUGAUGACUCGAAAGUUCUCCUCUCCUUCCCAUUACGUCAGAUAAAUGCAGCAAUUACAAAUCUCGAGCAAGACCUACACAGAGUUGCAAGUUGGUGCUGUGAAAACCACCUUUUAAUUAACCCGGGGAAAACAAAGUACAUGAUGAUCGGAACAAGGCAGCUGAUGAGCAAACUACCUACAGACACAUCAGUUUUAUUCUUGGGCAAGUCUCUUAAACCAGUGGACUCUGCUAAAGAUUUAGGUGUCACAUUAGAUAGACAUCUAAAUUACGACAAACAUGUCUCGCUUCUUGUCUCGUCGUGUAUGAACAAAUUAUGCCAGAUAAAUCGUCCAAAAAAUAGUUUCGACACAAAACUUUGUCGGAAAUCAUUUCAUCCUUAGUCAUUAGCAAAAUGGUUUAUUGUUCUUCGGUGUGGUCGAAUACGUCUGCCUCAAACGUAAAGAAAGUUCAGUCGAUCCAGAACUUUGCCUGCAAAAUCAUCACAAAAUCCAGGAAGUAUGACCACGUAACUCCACUUCUAUACGUGAAUUGAAUUGGCUCACAGUAGACAAACUACUAGAUUUUAGAGAGAUCAGUUUGACCUAGAAAUGUGUGAAUAACCUAGCACCCGACUAUCUUUGUAACAAAUUGAUAAAAAGGUCAUCAAUCCACGACCGUAGGACUCGUACACACGACUCUCUUCAAAUACUUCUAUUUAAGACUGCAGCUGGCCAACGAUAUUUGCAUAUAGAGCCGUCCAUAUUUGGAACAAUUUAGACAAGAACUUGAAAGACUGCUCUUCUCUUCAAAUUUUUAAGGUAGCACUUAAAAAACAUUUGCUUGCAAAAGAUAACAUUUAGUAUAGCCAACUAAACUUUGUAUAUGAUAAUUGUUUAAACUUAUGUUUGUAACCUUAAUUAUUAUUGCAUGCAUGUAACUGUAAAUAAUUUCUGAAAAACCCUUUUAGCGAGAAAUUUAUUAAAUAUCUAUCUAUCUAUCUAUCUAUCUAUCUAUCUAUCUAUCUAUCUAUCUAUCUAUCUAUCUAUCUAUCUAUCUAUCUAUCUAUCUGUCUAUCUAUCUAUCUAUCUAUCUAUCUAUCUAUCUAUCUAUCUAUCUAUCUAUCUAUCUAUCUAUCUAUCUAUCUAUCUAUCUAUCUGUCUAUCUAUCUAUCUAUCUGUCUAUCUGUCUGUCUGUCUGUCUGUCUGUCUGUCUGUCUGUCUGUCUGUCUGUCUGUCUGUCUGUCUGUCUGUCUGUCUAUCUGUCUGUCUAUCUAUCUGUCUAUCUAUCUAUCUAUCUAUCUAUCUAUCUAUCUAUCUAUCUAUCUAUCUAUCUAUCUAUCUAUCUAUCUAUCUAUCUAUCUAUCUAUCUAUCUAUCUAUCGGGUCACACGUGAAGGAAAAACCUCAGAAUGGUUGCCAAUGAAUGCAGGUGUCCCUUAUGGAACUAAGCUCGGACCAAUUUUGUUUUUGGUAAUGAUAAAUGACCUCGAUGUUAAAACACACGCAUUCAGUCCUGCCUAGAUUCAAUCAAUUCUUGGGCUUCAUGUAACCUUAUGAAACUUAAUUAAUCCCAAAAAAUGCAAGGAACUACGUGUUUGCUUUCUCAGCGAAACACCUGAACUAUCACCAUUUUUAAUUGACGGCCACGCGCUUGUUGUUGUGCGGUAAGUGAUCUAAAAUGGAAUGAUCACAUAGAAUCAGUUGUAUACAAAGGCUUCUAAACGCUUAUGUAUCAUCCACAUAUUACGGCGAGGUGGCGUUCUCGUGGAGGAUUUAUUGAGUAUACACUUUGCCUUAAUAAGAUCGGUUCUGGAGUACUGUUGCAUUGUACGUAUGGCACCAUGCCUUACCUUUGUACCUUGCCGACGAAUUAGAGUGAGUGCAAAAACGAGCGCUGAGAAUUAUUUUACCAGGCUACUCUUAUAGGGAAGCCUUAGCACGCCUUGGGUACCUUACCUUGCCUUGCCUCGCCUCAUCUCAUGUCAUCUCACCUUACCUUACCUUACCUUAUCUAUGAUCUAUUCUUAUUAUACAGAUCCAGAAAAUGGCGUAUCACUGAGUAAAAAACAAUGCCGUUAUAAUGGGAAGAGUUAUCAACAGGGAGAAGUUUGGAAUAUUCCCAUGGAAAAAGAAAUUGGAGAUAAUAACUGUGCUGAAUGUACCUGUCAUGUAAGACUAUCUGUUCACCCUGGACGAAUUCGGAAUCGUACGCAAAUCCGUCUGGUCCCACCUGUUCACAUGGGAAUUCGUAGCUGAGCUCGAAUUAGCCGAGCUUCCUGUGUGAAUAACACAAUCAGGGAAAGUUGAGUACGAUCUCGAAUUCUAAGUGAGUCAGUAUUUAUUCCUGAAAAAUCAUAUAUUUGACAUUUAACUGAUCAAACUGAACCAACCGUUUUUCUUCUAUAAUCAAUUAAGUCAGUAUUGAAACUUGUCCAAAUAGUGGAAGUUAGACUAAAUUAGAUGAAGUGACAAGUAUGUCCCAAUGACAAUACUUUAAAGAACUAAACAGGGCAUGUCUAUGUGAAAGUGAUGAUUCGUUUAAUGCAUAUAUCUGAGGAUGAUCGAAUUGGAGUAACGCCUGUAAAGCUCACUCACACUCAAAAAGUGGCGGUUCAAUCUGAGCUUCCCUUGAGUGUCAGUGCUGUUUUUGAAGAGCAAAUAAAGGAGGCAAAAUAAUGCAUGAUGUGACCACUCAUCAAGAAUAUCUAAUAGUUAUAACUUUAACAUAUUAGAUUUGCCAUUUAAAUGUUAAACCUAUAAACACUAAUUUCUUGUCAUAUUAUCAACUCGUGUGUAUCUAGCUGAAUAAGAAGAGGAAUGUUCACUCACGUUAAAAUAACGUUAGAAGGAUGGUAGAAGUUAAUGCACAUUUUCAUUCAGUUGUUUUGAACAGGUUAUUAUUUUCAAGAAUCGACAUGCGCAAGUUAAUGCAACGUCAUUAUUUAAUGUCAGGAGGUUAUUAUUUUUAAUAAUGACCUCCAAUAUUUAAAAUAAUGACCCCGAUUUUUCGCUUGAAUAAAAAAUAAACCAUUGUGCGUUACAACUUUGCUUUAAAGCAAAUUUUAAUUACACUACAAAAAUUUCCAUUUUAAUUUAACUACAACGUAUAAAGUUUUAAAAAACUAGGGCUUAUUAACUAUUGUAAUGUUGCAAUUGCCGCCACUAAUAUUUAAAACAACCGACCCCAUUCCAUCAUCACCCUUCUCUAUUGGCGCGCUACUUUCCGCCGUUGCACCCUUCUCUGACGUGAUACCUUGCACGAUUUUCGAGACAUUUGCAUGCUGCUCCUCUGUUUCUCGCUUAUAACAAUCGAGAGCCUCGGAACGAUGCCCAGUAACCCCCUUUAUCAGCUUAUCAUCAACGCCUUCACGAAAUAACCUCGACACGGCUGUGGCCCGCAAUGAAUGAUUAGUAAAGUGCCCAUUUACACCCGCUUUCUCCAUUAUACACUUAACCAUACCUUGUAACUUAUUGUGGCCUAUUGGGACACUGGAAAACCAUAUUUGCUUCCUUUCAUAGUUUUGCAAGGGUUUCAAAUAAAACGCUUUUCUCAAACCCUCUUUAGGGCAUCUCGAAAUGUAGAGCUUAACAAUAUUUACAAUGCAUUUAUCCGCACAUUCAACAUUGGCAUAUGCCUUGCCCGUUCGUGGAGCUACUUUUCUAUGUUUUAACCCUCCUUGAAACGUUUUAGAUACACCCUCGCUGUAAAGCAAAUAUUCCUUUCCUCUGUUAUCACUGUGAAAUGAAAAACUACUCAUGCUCAAAAGCCUAUGUUCAGAACCUGCUCGCAAGCCAAAAUUAAGACCAAUUAAGUAAAACACUGUCCGUAGUAAGGAUUCCGGAUCGUUAAUGGCCAAAAAACCCUGCUCCCAAAGGUCACGUUCGACCUCAACAGGGAUUACUUCAGCUUGCUUUGGCCUUAUACCCACAUUAUUUUGAGCCGAACAUUUCAUUUCAACAUCUAACGACUUUCUGACUUUUUCAAAUUCUAAGCUCGAAAAAAAGUUAACACUUCGCCCUUUUAACUCUAGGUAUUUUUGCAAACUACUGAUUAUUUCAUACAGUGUUUUUCCAGGAUACCUUUCUCCACCGUCUUUUCUUACUUCUGCGAUGAACUGAUGUAAUACUUCGUUGAGGUCAACUUCUGGCAUCAUAUGUAUUUCUGACUUGUAAACCAAGAGAAUUUUAUCAACCAAACGCAUUUCCCUUCCAUCUUGAGAGAUCUCCUGGCGCCAUUGUGACCAAGCGUCGAACAUUCUGUAUGCCCACAUCGCUUUCCUCUUAGUAUUUUCUGGGAUGCUUCGCGAAGCCAACUCUAUCAUACUUUUACUGCUGCAAAUCUCAAACCGGUCAGACGUAUUCUGUUGCUCUAUUGCAAAAUAUAAAUAAAUUCAAAUAUUAAUUGCUAUGAUUAAUGCUUGUUACUAACUUUUAAACAAAACUUAGCUAAGACAAUUUUCACCUUUUCUAUCCAACGUGCUUUUCCCAGGUGCAUUACAUCGCCGCUCACUGACACUGUCUAUCUGAUUUGGCCUUUCCAGUGAAAUUCUCCGCUCUGCAAACAAAUCCAAUGACUGGGAAAGUAUUCCAUCCAGCCCAUCGUCUUCCAAAUCUAGACAGUCGCAAUCCCAAUCAUUGGUCUUUUCAACUUCAAAUUCAUCGUCAUAUCCUUUUCCAAACAAACUAAAAUCUCGCUUUCUCGAACCAGACAUCCUCACUCCACAAAUAUCAAUCAAGUAAUAAAAAGGUAGCUGUUGAAAAAACACAGCCCAGGAAUGCGCAUACAAAACACAAAUAUGGUGUGAAAAAUAAUAGUACCACAACAAUGAACUUGUAACUAUCUUAAUAGUUUUCUUUGUUCAUAAACACCAUAAUGUGCAUUAAGUCGGAUAAUACCCUCGCUCUCGGUAUUAUUAAAAAUAAUGACCUCGCGCUACGCGCUCGGUCAUUAUUUUUAAUAAUACAUCGAGCUUGGGCAUUAUCCUAUACAUAACAAAUGACUCUCAUAAAUUAUUACCCUUUCUUUGCAGAAUGGACGAGUGUCCUGCGCUGUUCGUAUUUGUCCAAAGUUGAAGUGUGCGACCAUAAUGCAAGUUAAAGGAAAAGAUUCCUGUUGUACACAGUGCCGAGGUAGAAACAAUACAUGCAUAAAAGUUCAUUUUUGGUUAAAACACAAAAUAAUAUAUUCAAUAACUGUAAAAGAAUAAAAUAUAAUUAUAUGAUAGAAUGCAACCAUAUAUUAUAUUAUUAAUUUUAGUUAACUUUCCAGGUUUCCCGCUUACGCCAAUUGGUGGCUUAUUUCAGUUUAAGCCUGCAGUAACUGUUCAAGGUAAGCACUUAUAAUUACAUUCCUUUGAGAUCCUACAAGCAUAUUUACGAAACAUACAGUAUCACUGCAGGCAAUAAUUGGAAUUUUUGUACCCGGCGCAAUACGUAAAAUCUUGAGUAUAUAGCCAGUCCAUUUAACUUAAAGAAGUUGUUUUAUGUUUCCAGGUUCUUGCUUUGACAAAGGACGUUAUUAUAAAAACAAAGAUAUGUGGAAUCCUUUAGUAUCCACGUCAGAAACUAAAGCCUUCCAACAGCCAAACUGUGAUCUCUGCGUUUGUCAA